AUGAAGAAAAAUGUAGUGUUUUUAAAGGUUCACAAAUGUGCCAGUUCCACAGUGUCCAAUAUUAUACAAAGGUUCACCAUGAACUAUGACCUCAAUCCUGUAUUACCAGAUAAACCUUUCAUCGAGGGAGUUUGGUAUUGGUUCUUAGGUCGUUUUUGGAAGAAUCACACCGCUCAAAUUUUACCAAUACCACCCAGAGAAUCUUAUAACACCUUUUUUGUUCAUUCGGUUUACAACAGGCGAAAAUUUCGGGAAAUAUUUCCAAACGAUACUUUUUAUUUUGCGAUACUCAGAGACCCUGUGGAUCGAUUUGUAUCAUAUGCCUUCUAUUUCCAACAAGUAAAGAAGAUUGAAAAGUUAUAUCCGGUGAAGACGCCUUUUAUUUUCUCUAAAGCCUUGUCCAUGCAUAAAAUCUUCAAAAAUAUUGAACAGUAUGACCCAGCGGUGGAUUUCGGUCUUUAUAAAUAUGAUAUUUACAAUUCAAGCCAGAUUCAACAAUUCAUUGCUUCCAUUGAUAAGGAUUUUGAUUUUGUGAUGCUGGUGGAAUAUUUUGACGAAUCUUUGGUGUAUCUUCGUCGACAAUUGUGUUGGACUACCAAAGAUAUUGUGUACAUUUCUCAGAACCAAGGUGGACCGAAAGCUGGUGUGAAAUAUGCACUUUCUAAGAAUGAUAUCGUUCGAAUCAAAGCCUUACAUCAAAUUGAUGUGGCACUCUAUGACCAUUUCUAUCGUAAAUUUUGGAAAAAGAUAAAUUCUCAGGCAGUUGAUUUCUUUCAAGAAGUUGCAAGAUUUAAAGAAACUCUGAUGAUUAUUUACAGCCAUUGUAAAUAUGCGGUUUAUCAACCACCCAUUCUCAGGAUUCCUAAAUCUCCAUGGUCACCAGAAUUUACCAUAACUCGCAAGGAUUGCGACCAAUUGAUGUACUCCGAGCCAUUUUUUAUUAUGAAAUUAAAUCUGAAAAUGAAAGACAAAUAUAAGAAAUAUAUGGAUGGAAAUCAGUAA